CGGUUAUAGGUAAGAGAUAGAGACAGAGAUUAAUUGUCUAUGGAAGUCUCAAGAGGAAGCAAGAGUGAUGAGAAUAACAAGAGUUGUCAGAGAGGUCACUGGAGGCUUGUCGAAGAUGAAAACCUCCGGAAACUUGUUGUUCGACAUGGUCCCAAGAACUGGAAUUUCAUUGCUCAACAUUUUAAGGGACGAUCCGGAAAAAGUUGUAGAUUGAGGUGGUACAACCAAUUGGAUCCAAACAUACAAAAGAGACCCUUUACCGAUGAAGAAGAAGAUCGGUUAUUGAAAGCUCAUGCGGUCCAAGGGAACCGAUGGGCUUCUAUCGCUAGGAAGUUCCCUGGAAGAACCGAUAACGCGGUCAAGAACCGUUUUCAUGUUAUCGUGGCUAGAUGCAAACGUGAAGGAGGUGCUUCCAACACUAACUAUACUCUUCCGAGCCUCAACAACUUGAACGUUGAGCACUGGUGUUACCGGGCUACGCAUACACAAGACUCGUUCCCUUAUUGUAAUUCUCUUCUUGGAUCCUCAUCAGUUUCGAAUGAUCGCCAUGCAAGUCAUUUUGGAAACACAAGCUUGGUGGGUUUAGAGAAAAAUUAUAAAUUUCAUGGGACAUCGGAUAAGAGUUCAUCCGGAGAUGGACUAACUAGCAAUCUUGCUGAUGAUGUUGGGGGUGAGAAUGAGAACUAUAGUGUUACGUUCAUUGAUUUUCUUGGGGUUGGGUUAGAUUCUCAUUAGCUCAUAAUAUCAUAUCAAUAUAGUUAUAGUUUGAAGGGUUAAUUUUUAU